AUGUGUCCACUUCGCUACAUUCUACUGCUGUUGUCGCUAUUAGUCGCCAUGAUUGGAUUGUCGCAGGCAAUGACCGAUCAAGAGGUAUUGGCGCUUACUAACGACGAUGAAGACAAGAAGAGCGGUGGCAAAAAGACCAAGAAACAGACAGUAUUCCGCACGUUAUUGGACAUGCUGAAUGGAAAGUACCUUUACGAUGCUUACAAGAUCAGUCGCAGUACGGCUAUCAAGGCCGAGUAA